AAUUCCCAUUUGCUCAAACAUUCAAUUUGGGUCAAUUUGGCUUUUUUUCCUGUGUAGGAAAGAACCCACUAUCCAACUAUCCAUGGCUACAGUUUCAGCACCUUUGGUUUCUUCUCCCAAACCCUCUUCUUCUUCUUCUUCUUCUUCUUCUUCUUACCAUGCUUCCAUUUCCUUCUCAAAAUUCACCACAAAAACAAACUCUUUCAGACCCAAAAGAACCAUAACCAGAACCAGAAGCUUAACAUGGCUGAAUCCACAACAACCACGUGCUGCACUCGUGGAAGCAACACCACCACCACCACCACCACCAACCUCAGCUGCGCCACCACCACGGCCACCACAACCAUCAGUGAAGGUUCUUGCACUCCCUGCUGACCGUGCUGAUGACCUUCAAGCCGAAGCAAGAGCCAUGGCACGUGCUUCCAAUGCCACUCUAUACACCCCUGAACUCAUUGCCUCCAGAUACAAAUCACGACCCUUCAAGGUGGUGGGAAGGACCUUUCAGAUUCUGAGUGCUUUGGGUACUUUUGCGUUGAAGCUUUUCAUUGACCAAAGGAAUGGGACGCUUGAUCAGAAUAAGAGGAUUCGUGCAAUUGAGCUUAGGACCAUAUUCACUAGAUUGGGACCUACUUUUGUGAAAUUGGGUCAGGGAUUGUCUACUAGACCUGAUUUGUGUCCACCUGAGUAUUUGGAAGAGCUCUCUGAACUUCAAGAUGGUUUGCCGACAUUUCCUGAUGUGGAUGCCUUUGCAUGCAUUGAGGAAGAAUUAGGACUAUCCCUCGAAUCUAUCUACUCGACUAUAUCUCCAUCACCCAUAGCAGCAGCCAGUUUAGGCCAAGUUUACAAGGCUCGGCUGAAGUACUCUGGGAAACUUGUUGCCGUAAAGGUGCAACGCCCUGGUAUAGAGGAAGCUAUUGGAUUGGAUUUCUACCUUAUAAGAGGCCUAGGGUUUCUUAUAAAUAAAUAUGUGGAUGUAAUAACCACCAAUGUUGUUGCACUUAUUGACGAAUUUGCACGGAGGGUAUUUCAAGAGCUUAACUAUGUGCAGGAGGGACAAAAUGCAAGGAGGUUCAAAAAAUUGUAUGCCGACAAGCAGGAUAUUUUCGUCCCCGAUGUUUUCUGGGACUACACAAGUGCUAAAGUACUAACAAUGGAAUGGGUUGAUGGAGUCAAACUCAACGAGCAAGAAGCAAUUGAGAAACAAGGAUUAAAGGUCUUGGAUUUGGUGAACGCCGGCAUUCAGUGCAGCCUUAGACAACUACUUGAGUAUGGAUAUUUCCAUGCAGAUCCUCAUCCUGGGAAUCUCUUGGCAACACCCGAGGGAAAGCUUGCUUUUCUAGAUUUCGGGAUGAUGAGCGAGACACCAGAAGAAGCAAGAUUUGCCAUAAUUGGUCAUGUUGUUCACUUGGUUAACCGGGACUAUGAGGCUAUGGCUCGUGAUUAUUAUGCUCUUGAUUUCUUGUCAAGUGAUGUCGAUGUGUCUCCAAUUGUACCGGCACUUCGCGACUUUUUCGAUGAUGCACUUAAUUAUACCGUGAGCGAGCUUAACUUCAAAACACUAGUGGAUGGUCUGGGAAAUGUUUUGUAUCAAUAUCCAUUUAAUGUGCCGGCAUACUAUGCAUUAAUAUUGAGGUCUCUCACUGUCUUAGAAGGUUUAGCCCUUUAUGCUGAUCCGAAUUUUAAGGUGCUUGCUGCUUCAUACCCAUAUUUUGCUAAGAGGCUCCUAACGGACCCAAAUCCCUAUCUAAGAGAUGCUCUUAUUGAGUUGCUGUUCAAGGAUGCAAAAUUCAGAUGGAAUAGACUUGAAAACCUGCUAGCUCAAGGGAAGAAGGACCGAGAUUUCUCAGCGAAAGAGGCUCUACAACCUGUUCUGAAGGUAUUAUUAAGUCCAGAUGGUGAAGAGCUAAGGACUCUAGUAAUCAAAGAGGCUGUUCGCGUAUCCGAAGCUUUUACUAUUGGCACUAUUUCCUCAACAUACCAGGCUCUUCCUGACUUUAUGAGGAACCUUGUUUUCAAUGCUAAUGCCAAUGGACCCCUUGCAAUGUCAGAAACUGAAUUGCAAAGUAUGAUAGAGCUAAGGGAUCAAGUGAUUAGGGUAUGGGGACUUCUGAGAACCUCUAAUGAUUUCGAACCAACACUUUUGCUACCAAUACUACAGGUCCUUCAGCAACCUGAGGCUCGCAGACUUGGGGGGCGUGUCGUGGGUGGUAUCACUCAACGCCUUGCAGCACGCUUUCUCCAGCAAGUACUCCGAGUGCAAACAUCAUCGUCGUCGUAGAUUUCGCAUCACCGGAAAGUCUAGGUUAUUGUGGACAGGGAACAUAGAAGUUCAUUCCUAACACUAAGGGGGAAAAAACAAAGAAAAGAAAGG